AUGACCGAAUUAAAGGAGCUUAUAAAGCAAAGGGCUACAAUAAGGAGCCGCAUAACAUUAUUCGAAAGGUUUUUAACUCCAUUAAAAUGUCUCGAUAGUGUAACUGAGCGUAACAAAUUAAUUAAUAAUGAGUUAAGUUUAAGAUUAACUAAAUUUCAAGAGUUAAGCUACACUUUCGACGAAGUUCAAAGUAAAAUCGAGGGAUUAGAUUCCGAUUUAUCAAAACAGAUGGAAGAAAGGGAACAAACAGAAAACCAGUUCUUCCAGCUGAUCGUAACCGCUCAGGAAUUCUUAGAAGCUUAUAAUGAUAGCAAAUUAAAACAGGGAGACGAAUCUUCAUGCCGCGGCAGUUCUGCUUCUAUUACAAAUCACGUUAAACUGCCGCCGUUAAAAAUUCCUCCUUACAGUGGCGACACUAAACGAAAUGCAAAGGUUUAUCAAUGGAAAAUAUGUAGUAAUUGCUUACGUAAUGAUCAUCUAUCGUACCAAUGCCGCCUUGCGGGUUGCCGCGUCUGCAAAAGGAGGCACAAUACUUUACUUCAUAGAUCAAACAACUUACCCAGUGGUUCUCAACCUCGUCAAUCGCAAUCAUCAUCAUCUCCACGGCAUGAAAUACAAAAUAACGUGGAACCAUCCACGAACAACUUACCUAAUAGCCUUGAAGCAACUAUUAAUAGUAAAAACGGGUCGGCCAGCCCUAAUCCGAUAGUUACAGUGUCUGCUGGCUCCUCAAACCUGGCUCUUCUUGCUACGGCUGUGGUUGAGGUGUCAAACAAUGGCAACAUAUUUAAAUUACGCGCCCUUUUAGGUAAUGGCUCGCAAUAUUCCUUUAUUACGGAGGCGGCUCGGGCUAAGUUAGCUUGUGUUACAACAAAAGAAUCUCAAUAUGUGUCCGGUCUUCAAAAUGCGACAGUAGGCAUUGCCGAACACUGCAAUAUCAAGGUGCAGUCGACGUAUAGCUCGUACAGCUGUGAUGUGACAUGUUAUGUCUUACCAGUUAUUACCGACGUUCUUCCUCAAGCGGAAAUCCGCGUGAAUGAGCUGGAUAUACCCAGCAACCUCCAAUUAGCGGAUCCGGCCUUCUUUCGCCCAGGAGACAUUGAUCUGCUAUUAGGCGCAGAGAUCUUCUGGGACGUUCUGGGUUCUUCUCAAGUGAAGCUCGGACGAGAUAAACCCGUUCUUCGGGAGACACUCCUUGGAUGGAUCGUAGCCGGCCGUAAUUGGGUUAAUUAUUAUAAACGGCCUAACAAGGUCUAUUGCAACUUUAGUAAAACUAUACAAGAGCAACUUGUCAAGUUUUGGGAGUUAGAAGAAAUUCCUAACAGUAAACCUACAUCAAAUAGUGACGAUUAUUGUGAAACACUUUAUAAUGAAACUACGCAGCGCGAAGGGGAUGAUGUUAACACCGCCCGGGGUCUUAUCCGUCGUGCCAUCACAAACCUCUGCCCGCUACCUAAUGAGCGUGAUGAAGAUCCUCGAAGUCCCAAGGUCUUCGAGGGGGGGAAGAUGUCUACGCUCACCAUUACCUAG